UAUCGCACCCGUCACCCAUGUUGGAGCCAUGGCGCUCCUUUCAUUAACUCUGAUUCUUCUGCAGCAGACGCUCGUCGAAGGAGAGCUCAUAAAUCACACUAUUGAUGAUACGCUUGGGGAUGAGUCAACAGGGGUCCAAGUAGAUUAUAGUCCUGCCGGUCAGUCUUCGAAUGGAAACACGCUCGUGUGGAGGAAUGCCUCCCAAUGCAGUGACUGCGCCAUUGUACCGGACCGCUCGUUCGCGAUGAAUGGCACGUGGACUGGUGCAACAUACUACUCGUCUCUAGAGAACACGACCGCUGGACUAACAUUUCAUGGGUCGGCGAUAUACAUCUACCUGAUUGUUUCAAACUACCCAAAGAGUACGGGGUUAGUGAGCGAUGUUAUCUGUGAUUUCCGGAUGGAUGGAAAGGUAGUGGGACACUACAGCCAUGUUACAGAUGGAACGUAUCAAUUUCAGUACGACGUUCUGGCGUAUAGCAAUGCAUCUUUGAACGAUGGUGACCAUACGCUGCUCAUAGAGAUCACCGGGAGUGAUUCAUCAUACGUUAUUUUUGAUUACGCUGUUUACACGUACGUCUUUCCUGUCUUCGCUUCUUUUCAUGCUGACCUGUAUUCUCAGCAACAGUCAGGCGUUUAUCACGUUUCCGACUAUUCAAAACCCUGCGUCGACGACGUCAGAACCCUUCGGGACUUCAAGUCAAUCGGUGUCCCUCUCCUCAGCAGUGCCUUCUUCUGCAGCUCCUAG